AUGGAUUCAGUUAUUGGUUAUUCACCCUGCUGGAUACGCGGCGGUAGAAUCGAGGAAAUAAUUUGGAUUGGCAAGGACGUGCUUGCCUGGUGCACCGGCUUGUACAUUGUGUUUUUUCACAUCGUCAAGAGACGGCAGACAUUGCGUUGGUGCUGGAACAAUGCGACCGGCGACGGUGCUCGUUGCAUAUCCGGUCACGUGUCUUCACCGAUUUUCGCCUUCUCCGAGAGAUCGCUCAAUCCGCGAAUCUUCGUUCUCGCAUAUCCCUCGAUGACGAAGAUCUGCGAGUGCGUUCAAGGAUGCGAAAGCGGUUAUUUGGCGAUCGCGUUCACGUCACGCGAUCAUCUCGUGUCAUUAGGCUCUUACCCGAACUUCCCGAUGAUCGUAUGGUGCUGGAGAACGGGCGAGAAGAUCGCGAUCGCGAACACGUCUAUACGCGACGAAGUCGGUCAGAUAAUCAUGAUAACUCCGAUGGGUCGCACUGUCAUCGGUCAAAUGGGAAAGACCUGCGGAAAGUUGCUCACCUGGGAACUCGAUGUUGUCGGCAAGAUUGUUAUCUUAAAAGAUCACGAAGUGAAAUUACCGGGGGAAGCUACGAUUUUCGGUAUCAGCUGGCACCCUACGUCGGAUCAACCUUUAUUGGCCAUCACCGAUAGAGACGGUCACAUAUAUUUGAGCGACUACGAUGGCACUGACAUUCGUCGCAUCGUUGUUUCUCAACGCUGCGGAAUCUGCGAGAAUGUCGAGAUGCCGGCCGUGUGCUGGUUUCGCGAAGGGAUUAUUCACAGGACGACCUUCUGUCAAAUUCGCUAUUUUAAGAAAGAAUCGAAGACUGACACUUGGCGUAAGCAGUGGUCCGUCGAGUCGAUCUACAAGCCGAAUAUUCUGAUCUCGCAUCCCUUCAGGAAUGAUUGGCUCCUAUACUACACUCUCGAAGGAUACCUGAUGCAGAUGCUCUUCCCUGAAGAUGGAAGCAUCGUACCAACCAUCCACAGAUACUUGCACUAUGGCGGUAAAUAUCAGUUCGUCGAUUUCCUGUAUCCUUGGUGUCAUCAUCUCGUGGUGACGGACGAACUCCAGGAGCUGGCCAUCCUCGAAUGCUAUAGCGGUAGCGAAGUGUCGAAAGUAGAGCUCGAAAUGGAAGGCGUUAUAUCUGCUCAAACGUCACAUCCGGAUGAUCCAUUGAUCGUCGUUAUCAGCGAUCAAGGCGAGAUGACAAUUCUGGGUGUCAUUAAUCCGGAACAGCCAGCAAUAUUGUCAUAUUUUCGUCUUCAGAGAAAACCCUUGGAUCUCAUAAAAUUUUCUCCCUCUGGCAAAUUCCUGAUCGCCGCGCAAAAGGAUACGGGCAAUUGCUAUUGCAUAGACCUGCGGCGCGACAAGCCAUUUUGCGUGAUCGCCCAGAUCCGGACGAGGAGGCGCCUCGUCGACGUGGUGCUGGACGACGACGAGGCGCGUGGGAGCCUGAAAGUGCUCGCGCUCUACGUCAAGUACGAGCCUUUUUCCGCGGUGGGUCAUCAGCUUCUCGUAUACGACGUGUCGUACAAGGACGCGUCACGACAGGGUCAUCUGAUCGACAAGAACCAAGACAUGGUGACGCUUCCCGCGCUUUUCUACGAGUUGUCUCACGCGCCCGGAGACCACUCGUUGUUAAUAGGCUCGCCUUAUCUCAAACGACAACUGCACGCGGUCAGGAUGCAGCGCGAUUUCAAGGUCACGACCUUGAUAGACGCGGCGCUCACAGGUCACCACGUGCGGCUCGCCCGCAUCUUUGCCGAUCGACGUUGGAUCGUCACGUGCGCCUACGACGGACUGGUCGUCGUCCGCGAUAAAACGAUACGUCAGAUCGUCGCCGCGGUGCCGGCGCAUCAUAGACUCGACUCAGGUAGCCGAAGGGCGAUCAUCGAUUCCACUGGUGGCAAAGUGGUCACUCUCGGUCGCGACGGUUCUCUAAUCGCGAUGCACAUUCCUCGUAAGAAUAGAAAGGAGAACGAAGCAUUCACGAGCAGAAGUGUUUAUUCAAUGAAGUACGAAGAGCAGAAGAAGAAGAUACUGUCCGAUUACGCUUCUCUGGAUCCGGCGAUUCGUUCUUCGUUGACCCGUGCCAGACAGGAUUUCCCAGGAGUCGACGAGAAGGAAUGUGGAUCCUGGGAGCAAUGGCGAGAGGACAUGCAACUGCAGGAAGAGACAAGCUUCUACACCGCGGAGAAGGCUGCCAUUAUGAGGGAUCUGGAAGUCUUGAAAGCCACCGUAACACAGCUUCUCGACGCCAACGAGACUUGUCCGGAGAUAGAGAGGCUGCCGAUAUCCGCGUUCGACUUGAACAAGGCGGAUCGCGAUCAGAAAUUGAAAGCGGCCAAGGACGAGCGCGAGGAUGUUCGCAUGGAACUCGAGCAUCUCUGCGCUUCGACGGAUCGCGUGGCCAGCUGGAUAAAGGAGACCUUCUGGGAUCCGCAAGUCGUGCUCGGUCGGUCGAUAUUUUCCUUCCGCGGUGACCUGGAAGUGACGAAUUAUCCACUCGUCGAGGGAGAUCCGCAUUUCAAGGACCAUUUGCAAUGGGCGCACUUUGCCAAGGAUUCGAUGCGUAGCAUCGUGGACGACACUUUUCAGCCGUGGCGUAAUUACACGAAUGAACAGCUUCAGGUAGAAUUGAGCAAGCCCGUCAGGGUGUAUCGCGAGGACGAGAAACGCAGGAUGGAUGUGUUUCUCGAAGACGAGGAGCGCGAGAUCGAUCCCGAAGAGCUGGCGGAAUUGCGAGCGAUGGAAGGCAUGACGACGCAUCGCUUCGUCGAGCAAUCGCCUUACUAUUACUCGCAGAUGGAGUCUUACGGGUUCGCGCACGUGACGCUAGACGAUCGUUAUCUGAUGCACGAUUAUGGCAAGCUCCGUGCCUACUUCAACAAGCUCUUCGACGACAUGUACGCGGCGAAGGAGCGGGAAAUGAGCGCAAUACGGGAGAGAAACGAGAGGAUACGUCAUAUAGAUUCCGAGUUGAGGAUAAUGUUCGGUCAGAGCGUGCUGCGGGAUCCUGUUGAUCCGCAGUGGCAUCUCAAGGAAAAAGUAGAAAGCAUCAUUCAAGUGCUUCAUCAAGAGGUCAAAGCAAAGCCGUACAGGUCACCGUCGCAGCUGGAACUUUUGGACAGACAAGCACUGGAAGACGAACGUAUCAGACAAUUGUUGCUGGCCGAUGAUUUUCGCGAACGCGCUCUGAUGAAGAUGAUGGACGGCGUGCUGGAAAUUCGUUGGGAAGAGACUAUCAAAAUAGAUGUCCGUAAACCCGCAUGCAUGACUGAAAAACAGCCGGAGCAGUACACCUCUGACGACAUCAAGGCCGUAAAGAAGUACGAAGCGGAUAUGGAGGUUCUUCGACAGGAGCGCGAACGUUACAAGAGGAUGCUCGAGGCCGAUUAUGCCAAGAUCAGUGUACUUCUGCAAGAAGGCAUCAACAAGUUUGACACUAAGCUGAAAAAUUUCUAUCAGAUAAAGUUGAAAGUCGAAGCGGCGUUGAAUCAACUAAAGUUGCGCCACAUUCGUGGUCGUUUACGAAACCUAGCGCGAGUCGAGGCUGUGCGAGAGGACGACAGGGUGAAACGAGAGAUAUCCGAGAAGCGUCAGUACGAGGUUGUGCUUCAGGAACACUUGCGGAGGCUGCAUGACACUUAUCAGGACAUGCUCGCGCAACACGACGCGCUCUGUGCUCGCGAGAAGACGAUGACGAAGAAGCUGCAGCACGAAUUCGUUGGAAGUCUGUCGAGGGUCAGCAUCGAGCUACUCGAACAGCAGUACAAGCGAAGACCGAAGGUGUCCUUGAAGAACAUCGCUGCCAGCGAUCUGCUCACUCUCGCGCAGCACCUUAAAAAUCACACCAAGCCAGCUUAUUUGCCGACUGAUUGCACGGACUAUUCGAAGAUCCUCGAGAGUCUUGACGUGAGACCCGACGGGCUGCCGCAGUCGAUCGACGCGAAUCACUGGAAUCGCUUCAUCCAAUCGCGUCGCCAGAAGAUCAACGUGGAACUAAAGAUCAGAGCUCAGCAGCUGGAGAUAGCCGUAGUGGAGCAGACGAUCGCGACAUUCGAACGCAAGAUCGAAGCUUGCAAAUCAAGCGUGGGUCUUCUCAGAAGUCGAUUGAAGAAGGCGAGGGACGAGCGAGUGACGAACGAGCAGGACGCCGAGGUGCAACUGGUAGUCAAGAGGGGUCAGGUGGAGCUGGAACUGCAGGGUGAACGACGCGACACCGCGGACGCAGUUUUGGUGUCGCGCAAUGAAAUCGAGCGAGUUAACGAGCACGUCGUCGCCGCGGGAGCGCGCAAGCUGGACGUCCUAAAGCGUGAGAUCGACUUCCGCCAUAGAAUAUUGUCGCUCGAGUGGGAACAUCGUUGCCUGAGGACGCGCUUCAAGGAGCUGAAGGAGGAUCUGCACUUCCUGGAGAACGUCACGGUCACUCGGGACAUGCGAAUGUACCUGAAGAGGAAGGCGAAGGGUCUGCGCGACGAUAAGACCGCGGUGCGUCUCGAGAGGAAAGUCGAGCUUUCGAAGAAAUCUCUGGAUAAAGCCUUGUCCAAGGAGAUGAGUAAACUGGAGAAUCUGCGAAAGAAGAUCGCUUGCGUGAAGAAGAAGAACGCCGAGCUCGAUCGAACUGUCACGGAGAUGAACGUGGCGAGAUGGGAGCUGGAAUAUCAACGUGACAUCACUGGAGAAACGAGACAGUGUCAGCAUAUGGAUCGCAAAAUGCGUCUGUUUAAGCAGCGAUCCGAGCUCAUGAAGAAGCUUCAGGAUAAUUACGCUGAGCUGUUGGUGUUGCAGAUCGAACACGAAUUACUACAGCUACGAACGUAUCCUAUGUUGGAAUACUCCGAGCCAUUGGAUGAUAAAGGUAAAUUAUGUUAAUUUAUUAAUUUGUUGAAUUAAGAAGACAAGCUUUGAAGAAAAUAGAGAAGAAUUCAGGAACUUGUAGGUAUAACAGGGCUUGCA